AUGUGUACUGCAGGCACAUAUCGUAAUCUAGAGGACGUCGUGGAGAACAGCGUGGAGGACACAUCAAAGGACACAUCAAAGGACACAUCAAAGUGCACCUCAAGGGGCACCUCAAAGUGCACCUCAAUUGCAAAGGAUGUCGACAUCGUGGAUGGCACUUUGGAGGACAUCGCCUUUCAAUGCAGACACACGGCUCUCUGCAGGACGUGGAAACAUAUGGACUGGACCAUUUGCGGCUUCAUACACAUGGAAGACUUGGCGGACACCAUCGAGUUCCAUUCCCCGCACGAAGCUGGAUACGUCUGGUAG